GAUGGCCGUCCACGUAGAGAGACACACCUGCUCCACGAAGGCUCCGCCCAUGAUGAGGGAUAAAGCCAUGUUGUAUGACUUCUUUCUCACUGCUGAAAAAUGUAGAAAAUACAAAAUGAUCCGUUGGGAUGGGAGCCAAACACAUAGACCAAAAGGUGGGGACCAACAACCAUUCACUAUCACAUUCACACCUACAGCCAAGUGUCCAAUUAACCGAAUCCCCAAUCUGCAUGUCAUUGGACUGUAGGAGGAUGCGGGAAUACCCGGGAAUACCCGGAGACAACCCACACGCACACGGAAAGUACAUGCAAACUCCACACAGAAAGGCCCUCGGUUCAACCGGGAUUCAAACUGGUAACCCUCUAGUUGUGAGGCAACAGUGCUAGCCACUGCAGCACCUUUCAUUUCACCCCAGAGAAAACUUGAUUAACCCAAUUAUUGAUGAAGACAAUGAGGUUUCAGUAUGGUUUUGCUAAGAGCUAAAGCCAAAUCACAACAUGCUAACAUCUAUGCUACAAUGCCAACGUUGCUAGCAUAUUAACAGACUUUUUUUAGUGUAGUAUGCUAACAUAUGAUAAUUAGAACAUUUUAAUUGUUUGUAAAUGAAUACUAAUGCCCUACUGUAAUGAAAUAUACAAUAAAGCACUAGGCUAGAUAAUUAGUACAUAGCUAUGUUUGUCAGAAAUUGAUAAUAACAAGUAAUGCUAGUUAUGAGGCACUGAGUGAUUGAGAGUUGGUGCUGUGUGUGUUUGUCUGUCCUGCUAUAUUCACUGACCUUGUCAGGACCAGUAACUGGGACCAAAACCUGGUCCUCAUUAGGCAGGAGCUCAAGAAGCGGGUAAGUUUAGGUAAGAUUUAAGAUUUGAAUUUAGGUUGGGCUAAGGUCAGGGUCAGACAUUAACUGGAUGAAUGGAAGUGCUGAAUAGCUGUGUGAGUGUGUGUGACUGUAUUUUUGUAUGGCUAUCAUGUGAGGACAUUUUGGGAAGGUGUGAAAAUUUUGGUUGGUCCUCACGUUCCGUCACCCUUUUGAAAAGGCUUUUUGAGGGUGAAGGUCAGGGUAAGGGGCUAGGGAAUGCAUUAUGUCUAUGAAUGUCCUCACUGUUAAUGCUGGGCAAACGUGUGUGUUCUUGUGUAUCUUUGUGAGGACCAAACCAUAGGGAGUGAGGACAUUUUGGCUGUUUCUUACAUUCUGUCACACCUUAAAAUGACUUUUUGAGAGUUGAGACUUGUUUUUUGGGCAUUUAGUUGUAAUGGUUGAGGUCAGGGCAAGGAGUUAGGGAAUGCAUUUUGGUCUAAGAAUGUCCUCACUACAAAUGCUGUGCAAACAUGUGUGUGUGUGUGUGUGUGUGUGUGUGUGUUACCAAUGAGCAGAGGGGAUUCGUUCCUGCUGUUUGUACUGUGUGGGGAAGCGCCGUGCUGCAGCAGCAUCUUGACAUUUUCCACCAGACCGGCCUCCGCUGCCAGAGUCAGAGGAGUUUCUCCGUCCUCCGUCUGCUCCUCCAGGGUCAACUCUGUGGACGUCACCACCACUAACACAACACACCAACAGCGUCAGUGUGUGUGUGACACAGUGACUCAGCCUGUAGGCGGCCUCUCUCCACCACGUCAAAAGACUUCACCAAUCUGUCUGGAGUAAAAACAGACUGCCAGCCCACCAACUUUCACUACAUGUUUGAACAUCACACACACACACACAGCAGAGGAAGCAGGAGAGAUGAGCUCUGUCCUCGGACCAGGAAAACUAGUUUUCAUGCACUGGAUUUAAGCAGCCACAGAUUCUUGCUCCAUAUGAGGAAGAAAAUCUUGAAAGCACCUUGUCUCUUCUUGAGUCUGUUCACGAGUUUGAAUCUCUGCUCUGGGAAAUUUGGGACGCCGAUAACUGAUGAUGUGAGCAAGCUGUCGCUACUGAAGCAGAAUAUCCCCUCAGAUUAUGAAAUUCCUAUUAGUUACAUUCCCAAAGAAGUGGCUGGCACGUGCUGGGUGGUGUUAAAUAUCUAUCCUUUAGAGCAGAGUCUCCGGAAGCUGGCCACCAUGUUUGGCGUCAUCUCCUCCAACAAAGAGAACAUAAUUGUCUUCAUUGCUAUGCUGAAGAGUUUACGCUUCACCUUUGAUCAUGAGGAACUGGAAACGGCGAUGCAGGUCUUCCAGUGUCACUACCGGGAAGGGAGUUUAAUAUCUGGCCUUUACUUCGACUACAUCAAAGAUGUCCUACAGGCUGCGACUGAAGAAACAUCCAACUUCUCGUGCCAGCCACCACCGUGCCUUAAUACUCAACAAACACCAGGGGGUCUGGAGGAUGGUCAUAAUUACAGCUGGUCUUCGAGAACGCCCAUGCUUCUGGCGCUCAUCCCCUUCAUAGCCUGUGUUGUUCUUAUCGCGUGGCUGGUCAAGUCUGGAAGACGUUUACCAGUGUGCAACACUGGAAAUAACCAAGCACCUUCUGACGCGAUCCCAAGUGUGUCUGUCUCCAUCCCACUUCAGACACUCGCCCACGCUGCUGACACUCAGCCAGCGGGGGAAGCAAUCCCUGAGCAUGAGAGUGGAUGAAGCACAAAAUUACAUUAUGGAGAGAAGGAAAACUCAGACAGCAGUUUAACAACUCAAUGUCCCGAUUGUCCUGUUGUUUGGUGGAAUCCUGCUGGAUUACCAAGUCAGGUCUGACACUAUUCUGCUUUUGUGGACACCUGCUAUGAAGAAGGGUGUGUCACACAAACUUAUCAGGCUUUUCUAACACCUAACCACGCGAUGGAGCAGAGGAGGACACCAACUGAUUAUCUGCCAAAAUAGCUGACAUAGUAUAUAAAUCGUCAGCUGCCUUGGACAGUGUUUAAGAGCAUUUUUGCUGGCCUGUUGUGAGCGGACCUCGUCUUCUCUGUCGUCCUGUCUCCAGUUUUGAACUGCAGUCAAAAGUAUUUAUGGUGCCACAGAUCAAAAUGACCUCACGCUCUUUGGAGGACAUCAUUUCAUCCUGAGAUGGGGACCUCCGUGUCAUUAUCUCGUCAACCGUGUUCUGGCAGUUACACAGACUGAACCCCAUCCCGCGCCUGUCUAACGGCUCCGACAGAUAAAAGCAUUAUGGGUUUGCAUAAAACAACUGCGAUUCAACAGGGGCUCGGUCUUGUACUCGUGGUCGAAAUUGUUGUGAUCUGUGAUCCGUCACAAAUUGUGAACCUGCUCGUCACAAACAACAUGCCAAGCAGCUCAACAAGUGUCCUACAUUGUGUAUCAAAGAUCUGACCAGAUGGCAGAUAGCCAUCGCCAGAGGCACUUUGAAUCCUGUCAUUGUGUUCCAAAGCUGCUGCCCAGUGAUCCAUAGCUGCUACUCAGGCUCAGUGAGUGUGUUUUGCGUUUUUUAAUGUCUCAUUCACUGAGUCAAUCACGGCCAGUCAUGGGAACAUGACUCCCUGGUUGUGUAGCUCAUGUACUGUAUGUGUCAGAGAGAGGGGGAGCGAGAGACAGGACAGUCAGGAUGAGAGAAAGUGAGGGAGAUUAGGAUAGAUAGAUGGAUGGAUGCAUGGAUGAGCUCAGUGAGAAGCAUAAGGGGGGCUUGUUCUCGUCACAAAAGAGCUGCCCGUAGGCUGGAGGAAAUGCCAGUUACAAACACGACUGAUGUCGACAGAUCCUUAUGAAUCAACAGGCAAAGAAUCUUUCCAGACCGCAGGCGUUUUAGCCUCAUCUGCAGAGGAAGGUUAGUAUUUCAAUAACAACUUUCCGUCAUCAAAUGAUUUAUUUCAAGGAAACGCAUCGAGGACAUGUGGAAAUAUGCGCGUAUAUUCAAAUGUGCUCCUGUUGUGGACAGCGUCUACGCGUUAUCCUGACGUUUUAGUGAACAGUGUGUAUGAUUUUUUCAUUUUUGUAUGUCGUGAAAAUGUGCAUUUGUACUUAUAUGAAAUAUUUAACUUAUUUUGCUACAAGAUAAACCACUUACUUUGUGUGAUUAACAUUUCCAGAAUAAUGUAAAGGAGGUAGACAAAAUAGUGUGAACACUCAGGGAAAAUAAAAACGUUACUAUGAGCUAACUGAGGUAUGUAAAUCAUCAGGGCAAGUGUAUUUCUGCAGCAGUGGGUUAUAUGAGCUUGAAUAGAUGCAUUGAUCCCCACAAUAUACACACAUGGUAUUUAUCUAUUCAGUUUAUAAUGAUGACUGUGACUUAAUAUUUCCUAUUUUUCCAUUUCUUUUUUGGCUUCGUCCUCAUUUCUUUGCUGGAUCCUAUUAUUGUGAGAACUAUUUAAAGGUCCAUUGUGUAAGAAUUUCUGACAUCUAAUGGUGAGAUUUCAACAAAUGGAGGAGCCCUCUCCCCACUAACCCCUUUUCCUAAGCGCCUCAAGGAACCACACAUACCAGAAAGUGUGUUGUUUGUAUUUGUCGGUUGCUGUAGAAACAUGUUGGUGCAAGAUGUCAGCCUCCAUGGAGCAAGGCCCUUGCCUAAAAUGCAUUUAAUCGGUUUAAUUUGUUACAAAAACCUUAUGUUUUUAUUUUAAAGCAGUUAUACACUUGUACAAACAUACUUAUGGGUAUUAUAUUCAACUUCUGCAAAUAAACCCUCCGAGAUGUUACACACCAGACCGUCAAAGGCAGGCUAUUUGCAUUUUUAUUGAUGAUCAGCAGUUUAUAACAAUGAUUUCAACAAUAUUGUAUUUUUUAUGAAAAGUAAACAUUAUUUUGUCUACUCCCUGCAGGGUCCCUAUAAGCGAAAUUAUUUUGUCAGUGUUGUGUGCUCUGAUAGUAUUUGUCAAUAAUAAUGUAAAGAUGUAUAAACGUUAGUGUUGUUGCUAUUGUAAAAAUGGUGCCACACAUAAAGUCUGAAUGUUUCCUAGAGAGUGCUGAAUAUAAAAACAUUUCAAAUUCUGAAAGAUAUGAAGAGAAAAAAAAUGGCUUUUGGUUUUUUUACACAGAGCCCAUAUUCAUGCAGAACGUUGAUAAGUCAGAACUUCCUGACCUUAAAAGGGUUCAAAAAGAGGUUAGUUUUUUUGAUGACACUCUUGAUUACACAAAUAACGACAUGAAUGAAAUGUUUGGUGAUUACGUUUGUAUUAAAAUUGUAAUAAAAAACUAUUUGUUUCCAUGUAUCACAAAAGCACUGCUUUUCA